CAAAAGUUAGAUAUUUCUAUUGUCUCCUAAUAUUGUAUAGGAUUUUGUUAGUCCAGCUUUCAUCUUGCUAUUUAAAUGCUUAAUAUAAGAAGUUCUCUAAUCUACAAUUGAUGCCAAAUCUGGGUCAAUUCAACGGGAAAACUGUUGAAUUCUCUCAUAAUAUGGUGAAAAUGUACCAGAAAAGAGGCGGUACCUUUUAUUGUUUUGACCGUCAAUGAAGCUACCAUUUACCAUUUUCUGUUUCAAUAUAGUUUCCUACAUUCAAAGAAUCAAUUUCUAUAAUGAAUUUCCUUCUAUAUUUCGGUUUAGAAUCAUUAAGGCUCCUCUAAAGUUUAAAAUAGCACAGAACCCAGUCACCAUAACGCUGUGAUUCUUGAUUCAUGUUCAGAAGGUUGCCCAUCUUGAAUUUAGCCAUACCUCCUAUUGUUUUUCAGAAUAAUUCUAAUACAUGGAGUUUUGGUCGUUUGUAUCAUAGGUGCAUUAAAGGGACCUAAUUAAGUUAUCCACAAGUUGUCCUAAUUAUUUCCCAUUACUUCUUUAAGUUGUUUCCAUUUUUUUAGCUUUAAUUAUUUUAGGCAAUUGUUCAUUAAUGAGUCUGUAAUUUGUAUCCAACACAUCCAUUCUCAAUUUGAUAACCACAAUUUGUUUUAGCAGGCCAUAGUUUUAAGAUUUUUUUUUUCUGAUUAUGAUUUUUUGCCAGAAACAAUACGAGCAGCAUUGUUCUUCCGAGACAUGCAACAUCCCUCGUUGCUUCCACCUGCAUCAAAAGAAUGGACAAUAUCCAAGAUUCUUGAAAGGUUCUACCAGGAGGCUACAAUUGAUGGUGUGGAGUGGAGGAUACAUUCAGAAAGCUACAAGUAUAGCCCCGGAAACAGGCGCUACAACAAUGAAAUCAUUUCAGGACCUACGCUUGAGGAACCUGAUUGGAGCAGGUGAACGGGGAGAUGGACUGUAUUAUUUUCAGGGGAUUCCUGAACUUCAUGCUGUUUGCACAUCCGAUCUAUUAGAUUUUGAGUUAUGGCAUCGCCGUAUGGGCCGGUCAUCCGUCAGAUCCUGUUGUGAAAUUGUUGCCUCAAAUAACUAGUAGUACUUGUGUGAAGAAAUUAAAUAAAGCUUGCGAUGUGUGUCCGCAGGCCAAACAAGUUCGUGAUUCCUUUCCUAUCAGUAAUUUUAGAGCUAGUCGUAUUCUGGAACUAGUACAUUGUGAUUUGUGGGGACCUUAUAAAACCCCUUCUACUUGUGAUGUUGUUUAUUUUCUGACUCUGGUUGAUGAUUUUUCUCGUGAUGUGUUGGUGUAUUUAUUACGUGAUAAAA